AUGGAAGCUGCUCGCAAAGCUUCUGGUGUAAAAGCCCAACCUACCUUUAAAGAACCACGUUGGCUAGGGGCUGCACCGUCUGGCGCACGUCUAGACGUUUACACUCAAAAGAGCAACGAGCGGGUCCGCAAAGUUCCUUUUCCGGCGAAUCGGGGCUACCUGCUUGUUGGAAACGGCCAAGGAAAGGCCACUGCAGUUGACAUUGUUCUCGCGGACGCGUCUGACGUUGGAGCGCUCCACGCUGCCGUCGCAUUUCACCGCGAACAUCGAAAGUUUUAUCUGAUCGACUUGGGCGCUGGGGCCACGCGAGUACGUGGACAACAAGUUGAGCCGCUUAAGCCACUUGUAAUCGCUGAAGGCUCGCGUAUAGAGUUCGGGUCUAGCUCCCAAUACGUGAGGCUUCGGCUUGGUGGCGCUCCAGAGCGUCAAUCGCCUGCGGAGAGCACUGCGGCGGCUCCAGUUCCUGGACAGGUGCGCGCUCGCCAUAUCCUUAUCAAACAUCGCGACGUGCGGAACCCGGUAUCCAAGCGCACCGGACAACCAGUGAGCAUUAGCCGAGAUGAGGCACGCGCUGUGAUUGAGUCUCUGAGGCAACACAUUCUCAGCGGGGAAGCAAGCUUUGAGGAGGUCGCUCGAAUCGAAUCAGACUGUAAUUCUUACAAACGAGGUGGCGACCUGGGCUGGUUUGACUACACAACCAUGCAGGAGCCAUUUGCCCGAGUGGCGUUUCUGGAGCUGAAACAUACCGGCGAUAUCAGCGACGUUGUGGAGACCUCGUCUGGCUUCCAUCUGAUUCAGCUGCUCGGUCGCCGCUGUCCGGAGCAGCAGGCAUCACCCGCGAGCGGCAUCACCGGUGGCGACACAGAUGCGACCCAGUCGAACGCGACUCGGGCACCGGACGAUGUCUUUUAUGUUCGUCACAUAUUGUUGAAGCAUACCGGAUCACGAAACCCUAGCGACCUGAAGGGCCACCCCAUUGUGCGUAGUAAAGCGGAAGCGCGGGCCCUUCUGUCCAAGUUCCAGAAAACGAUACAAAGCGGACUCGUCUCGUUUGAACAGCUGGCCUUGCAGCAUAGCGAUUGCAAAAGCAGCCGAUACGGCGGUCGGAUACGUCCUUUUGGGCCCGGUGAGAUGCAUGCAGAAUUCGAACGAGCCGUUCGCAACCUGGAACCCGGCCAACUGAGUGGCAUCGUGGAGACGCCCAGCGGCCUGCACCUGAUAGAGUUGCUCGCUCGAGGCGACGACGUCUGGCGCAUGGCCAAGGCAGGCUCGCAGGAGACCCCGGCAUUCAACGGUUCUGUGUAA